UUCACGGCCAGGAAGGGGUCAAAUUCCAGAACUGGGCUCAGACGUAUGGCUCCUCCCCCGAACUGUACUUCCAGCCGACAUCGGUGGAGGAGAUCAGAGAGAUUUUGGAUCUGGCCCGGCAGCGGAGCAAGAGGGUGAAGGUGGUUGGGGGGGGCCAUUCCCCUUCCGACAUUGCCUGCACGGAUGACUUCAUGCUUCACCUGGGGAAGAUGAACAAGAUCCUCAAGGUGGACGAGGAGAAGAGGCGAGUGACGGUGGAAGCGGGGAUCCUGCUCUCCGAUCUCAACGUGGAGCUGAGCAAGCACGGGCUGGCCCUGCCCAAGUGAGUGAGCUUGGGUGCCGCUGAAGUGGCGGCCGCGGGGGUCAUCGGCACGGGGACGCACAACACGGGCAUCAAACACGGCAUCCUGCCCACCCAGGUGGUGGCGCUGACUCUGCUGACGGCGUCCGGGCAGAUCCUGGAGUGCUCCGAGUCCGCCAGCCCCCGAAUCUUCCAGGCUGCCCGGCUGCACCUGGGCUGCCUGGGCGUGGUCCUGAGCGUCACCUUCCAGUGCGUGCCCGAGUUCUGCCUGGUGGAGACCAGCUUCCCCUCCACCCUGCAGGAGGUACCGUAAUGCCCGCCUCCGUCCUCCUCCACCAGCUGGUUCUGGGACUACGCCGUCGGGUACUAUCUGCUGGAGUUCCUGCUCUGGCUCGGCCGGCUGCUCUGAGCCAAGGCUCACACCUGCACCCGCAAGGACCUGGAGAAGAUGUAUCCCGGCUUCCGGCAGUUCUGCGCCAUCCGGGAGGAGCUGGACCCCACCGGCAUGUUCCUGAACCCCUACCUGGAGAGGGUGUUUUACUGAGGGAGGCCGGCGCGGCGCGAGAGAAAGGAAGCUCCCCAGCCUGUCUCCUUGGGAGACUGGCUCCUUCCACGCCGGCCCCGCACGGGCACCCAGCCCCGAUCUCUCUGGCUCCCAGCCCUGCCCUCUGCAGCCCGUCUCUUAGCCAGGGACUGUCCCGAUCGGUGUCUGUGCAGCUCCGAGCGCCGUGUCCGAGAGCGCGCCCAAUAAAGAACCAGCAGUGACUGGGAA